AAAGUCUUCAUCAUGGCAUAUAAGGGAGCACAUUUAGCUUUUAAGUCACGCUGGCAUAAGACAGAUGAAGAACUCUGUCGGCACAGCAUGUCCUUUGUCUUGCAUAAGGCGAUCCGGAAUGACUUCUUCCAGAGUUACCUUUAUCUGCUGGAAAAACUUCCCCUGGUGAAACUUUAUGCUUUAACAAGUCAAGUCAUCAAUGGUGAGAUGCAGUUCUACGCCAGGGCCAAACACUUCUACCAGGAGGUGCCAGCCACAGAAGAGGGCAUGAUGGGAGACUACGUUGAACUCUCCAAUACAGACAUUGAGUCCUCCAGGGAAUUUCUCAGGAAGUUUGUUGGGGGGGUAGGGAAAGCUGGCACCAACUGCGCCCUGGACUGCGGCUCUGGGAUAGGUCGGGUCAGCAAGCAUGUCCUGUUACCAAUUUUCAAGAGCGUGGAACUGGUGGAUAUGAUGGAGAAUUUCCUGGCUGAGGUCCCAAACUACCUACGGGGCAAGGAGGACAGAGUAGAGAUGUAUUAUUGCAAAAGCCUUCAGGAAUUCACUCCAGCCCCACAAAGAUAUGAUGUCAUCUGGAUUCAGUGGGUUUCAGGAUAUCUAACAGAUAAAGAUCUCCUUCAGUUUCUCAUCCGGUGCCAGAAUGGCUUGAAGGAUAACGGUGUUAUCAUUCUCAAGGACAACGUAGCCAGGGAGGGCUGUGUCCUGGAUUGUCUGGAUAGUAGUGUGAUCCGAGACCUGAACAUCCUCCACAGUCUCAUUGAAAUGAGUGGACUCGCCAUCCUACAAGAGGAGAGGCAGGAGGGAUUCCCUGAGCAGUGUGUCCCCGUCUGGAUGUUGGCCAUGCAGAAAGACCCGGGCCGUUUCUGAUGGCAUCGCGUGACUGCAGAGACUGGAAUAUGGACCAGCCACAGGACUGGGAAGGAGAAGAGGGAGGAAGAGCAUCUACUAGAAUCCUACUAACCAUGUACUGCUACUACUACAAUUCUAGGGGAUCGACUUCUGAAGGAUCAGGAAAUAAUUUUAUUUGAUCCAGCUUCUUUCCUGGGAAACGUGCUCCAGAGGACCCUGCUUGAGCAGGUUGGACUAGAUGAUCUCCAGAGGUCCCUUCCAACCUAAACCAUUCUGUGAUUCUCCGAGGGACUGCUCUGCUUCUAAAAUCUGCCUGCUUCAUCAUUCUCUCCACCUUUAGAAGCCUUUUUAACAGCUCAUCAUCAGAUUUUUCUUUCAUUAGAGAGUCAGUACUGUGCCAAAUCCAUCUAAUUAAAAUAAUUCAGUUUGGUGUUUCUGUAGUGGCUAAUACCUUUUCGAGUGCCCUAUAUGAGGGGUUAACAAAUAAGUCUGUUUUCUACAGUGGCGCUUAAGUCUUCCUGGAAAUUAAGAAGGAUCUAUCAGAUCACUGAAGCGGAACAUUCAAAUAACUUCUGGAAAACCUAGCCCAAAUGUGGACUGCCGUCACUAUCCAUACUUUAAAAUGAUUAAGCCAAAAAUGUAAGGAAAGUUUUAUCUGUUUGUUGGCAUCAGCUGUGCAGUUUGUUUUUUUUUUCCUUCCUGUCAGUUUAGACAAUAAGAUAACCUAGCUAAUUUUCCUUUCUUUUUUUUAGGAACUACUUUACCUGCCUGGUGUUUCUGCCAUAGAACAAUAGUGGCGCGCAAGGGUUUUCACACUACGGGGGAAAAUUUAAUUGACAAAUAUAUGCAUGUUUGCAUUGAAAUUUUGUGAAAAGAUUGUCCUACAGAUUACAUUCUGGAAAAUAUUUUUUCAAAAUGAUCACAGUGGAAACCACUUAAAAGCAUCUCUUUAUUAUUCAUACCACUGUAAAUUUCUUUCUUUCCCACAUUCCCAACAAGUCUGGCACCAUAUGCAGAGCUAAUGGGAUUUCAUGGGAUGUUAAUAGUAAGAAGAACUAAUACAGUAUUGUUUUAAUUAAUAGCUGUACUAAACUGCAGCGGGUGUUAGUGUAACCAAAAAGCAUCUAUGAUUUAUAUUCAAACAGCAGCUGUAUAAGCCUGGAUUCGACAGUACUAAUGCACAUACCAUCUCCUUAGGGCUCAGAGAAAUUGCACGUUGAGCAGCUUCUCAUCCCCUUCACAUAUGCACAGAAAGAACUGUGGGAAGAAGGAAGUUCAUUUUGCAGAGUUUUUCAGAAUUUGAAAUUCUGCUUUAUUCUGAAUGAGGACAA